GUAUUGUUAAUAUUUUGAACGUAUGAUUAUAUACGUAAAUUCUAUAAUAUUAUAUUUAUAAAUGAUAUAUUGAAGUUUUUUAAUAAUAUUAUUAUUAUUGAAGUGAUUUUAUUCUAGUGUUAGUGAUUUUUAAACGGAUUAAAAUGGUAGCGCGACCAAAGUCGCCGAGUGGCGCGCUCCUGCCGCAGUUCUACGCAGGGAGGGACAUCUUCAUCACCGGCGCGACUGGCUUCAUGGGAAAAGUGUUGAUAGAGCGUCUGCUUUCUACAUGCCCUGAUGUUGGACGACUCCACCUGCUGAUGAGGCCUAAGAAAGGAGAAACACCCGAGAAGAGAUUACUAAAACUAAAACAGUCACAGGCGUUCGACAUAAUCCGUCAACAGAACCCGUCACAGCUGGACAAGUUGUCGUUUAUACAGGGCGAUGUAGCGCAGCCUGGACUUGGAAUCGGAAUAGAAUACCUUAAACAGCUCCAGGAGGUUUCAGUGGUGUUCAACUCAGCGGCGACCCUGAAAUUUGACGAACCGUUACCAAGUGCCGUGGAACAGAAUGUGCUCUCCGUGAUCCGUCUCAUGGAUAUCUGUGACACAUUGCCCAAUCUUCAGGCCCUUAUCCAUGUGUCAACAGCAUAUUGUAAUCCGGAGCUGAACGUGAUUGAAGAGAAAGUGUACCCAGCUCCAACACCAUUGCCGCGUCUUCUAGCAUUAGUUGAUGCUGUACCAGCUCCACUGUUGUCUACAAUCACUCCUCAAUAUAUAAAUCCUAAGCCAAACACGUAUACCUUCACGAAGGCGAUGGCCGAGGAAGCGGUCCGCAGUCGUGCCAACCGCCACUAUUCAAUCGCCAUCUUCAGACCAACCAUAGUGGUGUCUUCUCUCAAAAACCCUUAUCCUGGCUGGAUUGAAAACUUGAACGGACCCAGUGGAGUCGUGGCAGCUGCUGGAAAGGGCCUGCUUCAUGUUUUCUGCAGGAAACCAGGAGCGAGAGCAGACCUCUUACCUGUGGAUAUAGCCAUUGAUACAUUGUUGGCUGUUGGGUGGGAGACUGCGGUGGAUAAGCUUCCAGAAGUCCGAGUCUACAACUGCAGUACAUACGAGAACCCGACAACUUGGGGGCAGUUCGAGGCUGCUCUGAAGGUUUACCUCAUACGAUACCCUCUAGAUGGCUGUUUGUGGUAUCCCAGUGGAUCGGGCGUGGAAAACCGAUAUGCACACAAGAUCCUCGAAUUCAGCUUGCAGACUGUGCCCCUCCACAUCGCUGAAUACAUCAUGCGGGCACUUGGAGUUAAGAUGAAAAUUAGUUUAAUAACUGCAGAACAAAGGUUGCGCGCAAUGAAUAGUGUUCUUGCAUUUUUCGCGUUACGCGAAUGGAAAUUCAAGACGGGCAAUGUGGAAAAACUUCGAGCAAGACUUACUCCGAGUGACGCAGCAAUAUAUAACUUAGAUCCUCGGACCAUAGACUGGAAUGACCAUUACAAAAACUUCGUGACCGGCACAAGGAAAUAUUUGCUGAAGGAAAAAGAUCAGGAUAUGGAAGAGGCCAGAAAACACUCUAAUAGAAUGUAUUUCUUACACAAAGGCGUAAUGUUCUUCGCAAUGAUUCUGCUUUUCCGGCUAAUCUUACAAAAUAAGACAGUUCGAGAAAUCGUAUACGGAACUUUAAGACUAUUGUUUACUUUUUUACAUGCAACCUAUACUAGUGUGAUAGAAGCAUGAUAGUUAAAGAAUGUAGUUUUUAAUCUAUGGUUGUCAUUUCUAAUAAUAAGAUAAAUCUACACUAUCAAUAUUCGUAAUAUUUGUACCAAUAUUGAUUAUUGAAUUUAAAUAUUAUCUGUGUACGUACUAAGCGUUAUUAAAAUUAUAUUUGAACUUGUAUUGAAUUAAUUACAAAACUACGAUAAAGUUUAUCGGAUUAUAUAUUGAUAGAUUUAUUUUGUAAUAUAAUGAAUAUUUAAAAAUAAUAGGAGACAACAAAUUUUUUUAAGAUUUGUAAAUUUCAAUCGGCUUAUAUAUACACUUAUUUAUAAUUUUUAGAGAAAUAUGUAAUGUUUAAAAGCCACUCAAGUUACAGUAGCUUCUAAAGUUUUAGCUACGAAAUGAAUACAAUAUUAAAUUUUUAAUACAAAUAAUAAAU